GGCGACAGUUUUUCGCGCUGCAGUUUGCAUGUCUGCAGCUCGUAUGGCGAAUUUAAGUAGUUUUCUAGCUGGUGAGUGUAAUAAAAAUGACCAGUAACGUUGUAGACAGCUUCUUCGGUCAGACUGUCACAUACAGGAUGUUUUUACUACGCUAAGGGAUGAAGAGCAAAAAACUAAAGCCUGUGACACCAAGAAGCAGCAAAAAGAAAGUUUCCAGCGAUGUGUCCCCAUCGACGAGCCUACCCCCCCUUGUUGAGGGCCAGCUGAGAUGCUUCCUGUGUGUGACAAUAAGCCAGAUCAUAUGGACGGUACAAAAGGCUUUCUCUCCCACAUUCAUUCGGUUGCGAUGGUGGGGAGAGUCGUCUGAUGGGACGCACUUUAUCCCGAGAGAUGGAUCUCAGCUUUCACAGAAAAAUAUUAAGACCACCGCUCGUUUCCCUGUACGUUGUGGCCCAAAGCAGUUAACCUCAUAUCUCACAGAUAUGGGUGCUUUAAUGCUGGAAGUCCUGACAAAGUCAGAUCAUUUACCAGUCGCUCGGGCUCAAGUUGCUGGCAUCUCCCGUCUAUCUCUGUCACAACCAAUCAGUGGAUUUUACCCUCUUGUCUCACCGACAUCUGAAAAGCUGGGAGAGUUGCAGGUUUCUCUGAGUCUGGAGCCUCUCAUGGAAGCCUAUGAAAACAGUAGCUCACGACCUACUACCAUCGCCAGCAAUGACGGCCUGCAGCGCAGAUCCACGUCUGCUGGCAGUGGAAAAGAAUCAGCUGGUAGCAGCAGCGGAAACACACCAAGGGGAAAAGACCACCUAUACUUCCACCAUGUCCAGAGCAACAAAGCUGGGACUCUGCAGAAUCAGAUGCCUGCAUUAAACAAACCACACAUCAUUGAAACUGUUGGGAUCUCCUCUAAUCAACAGCCUUCUCAUGAACAAACGAAAACUGACAUCAUCUCAGUCGUUUUAGAGCGUGGAAACAAGCUUAGAAAUGCAAUGGCGAUGUCAGCUCUGAACUGUGAUGUGGACUCGUUCAUAGCUCUCAGUGACAGCCCUCUGCCUUUACUGAACGACAACACUGAAUUGUCAAACAAGUUGUCUCCGUCAACCUCUGCUGCAUUACUUCAGGAUAUCCUGCACAUGGAUUCAGCUCAGAGGCCCACUGAUGAAGCUGCAGAGUGUGGAUUGAGCUGUCCAUCAGACAUAGACAAAAGAGUUGUAGAUCUGCUUCUUGGCAGCUCCAUCACAUCUCCUCUGCCUUUGUUGGAUUUACAAGGCUCCUCUCCUGAAUCUCUAUCCGCCCACAGCAGCGUUUGUGAGGAAAACAAUCCACUGUACGAUCAGAGCCUACUAGAAAAUUUAUUCUACAAAUCUCCUAACUCAGAUACCACACUAGUUGACACUGAGGAGCAGAAUCAUCAUGGAAGAAAUGUAUGUAAAAAUCCCACAAAGCGGCUGGAGCGGUCUGGACCGGAGAACACCAGCAGUCAUCAGUCUUCAGGUGUUGCUGGGAUUCAUCCUUCCCUCAAUAAGGAGUGGUUAUCUCUGCUAAGUUCAGUCCGGCUGGUGAGAGUCUCUGUAGAUUGCUUGACUGUCUCUAGCUCAAGCACCACGCCAAGAAAGAUCCCCCAGAAAGGCAAACCUCGUCCAUUAACCUCCAAGAAAUGCACUUAUUUUGUUGAAUACGUGUUUCCAACAACUUUAGUGUCUAAUCAGUACAACCGCAGUAAAGUAGGGGAUGGAGAAGUAACCAGAGCUGCUUCAAGUAAUGUGAAAGGAGGAGCUGUAAAGUUCCAGCACAUCUCUGUGUUUCCAGUCCACUUCAAUCCAGCGACACUCAAACUUUGGCAGGAAACAAAACUUAGGUUUAGGAUUUAUUCUCGAAUCUACGACCAGAAGAAACCUGUUGCUGUCGGUGAGGCGGUUUAUUCAAUGUGCAGCCUGUUUCAGAGCAGCCAGCUCAGGCACUCUGUUGUUUUGCCAGUGCAGAGCAUAAAGGGAAAUGUAGGAAAACAAGAGAUUUCACAUCUGAAGGUGUCACUUGAACUUGGAAGACACAGCAGUGAUUUCUUGUCAGAGAAGAAGAAAAACCUGGCUUGGACAGACACAUCAACAUCAAACCUUCCUCCCAGCCCUGUUCGAAAAAACGCAUUUAGAUCUCAAAAUAAAGAAGCCAACAGGACGGAGGCUUCAUCACAAUUUUUAGAAGUCUCCAGAUUAAACGAACAGACUCCUCAGAAACCCCCCAAAGAGACCAGCUCUCAUACUGGGAUUCGAACAUCUCCUGUUGAACAGUGGAUGCAGGCAGAGGAGGAGUCCAGGGUCCUGCUGCAUGCUUUACUCCUGGUUCCAGAUGGGAAGAACUUCAGCUGUGGGCCCCUGCAAACUCCAAACUUUUACUUAAACUGUAAGCUGUUCUGGUGUGACGAGACUGCACGCUCAGUCGUCAGCUGGAGUCAGACAAACCCAAGGUUCAACUUUGCUCAGGUGACACCUGUAACCUUAACUAGUAAACUUUUGGAGAGAAUGAAAAACAACGUGAUGGUGAUUGAAGUUUGGCAGAAAGUCGGAGGCUCUGUGGAGGACCAGCUGCUUGGCCUUGUUAAAUUACCUCUGCAUCAGUUUUACAUGUCAUUCAGAAACCCCACAAUCACCCAGCUGCUGCUGCAGGCUCAGUUCCCUGUCUUGGGGGUGGACUGCUACAUGCCCGUCAUCGAUGUGUUCUCCGGCAGAUGUAAAGGAAAUCUCAGGGUUGUUUUGGCAAUGGGUCGCUCAGAACAGAUCGUUUCCCUCCAGAGAGCCAGAGACGAAGAGAACGGCUCUUUGUCUCACCUCACCAGGCCGGUUCAUCUGCUUGACCUGCAGCCACAAUCACACUCAAAGGUAAAAACUCCACAAAUGGGAAUCCUGAGAGAGCAUGUGUUUGUGAUAAGAGUGGAGAAGGUGAGCGGGCUGACGCCUGUGCAGUCCACUGUGUGGGGUGAGGCUGAUUGCUAUAUCCAGUACAGUUUUCCUCAUCAGAAGGCUCUUCCUUCAAAUCUGGACCAAAGUCUCAUUGAAAGCAGUGUAGACCUGCAGCCGUUUCGCACCACCACCACUCUCUGCGUACCAGACCCGGUGUUCAGCCACACAGAGACUCAUGUUCUUUUGGCUCCGGAGACCGUGCCUGUUCAGAAGCUGCUGCUCAGCUCUUUGUCAAGUCAAAGCUUGAACCGUGGAGGAGGAAUCCAGUUUGAAGUGUGGUGCAGAUAUUACUAUCCGAACGUUAGAGAUCAGCUUGUGGCCCGAGGAACGCUGCCGCUCUCUAAACUCUGCGCCAUGGUCACCAUGCAGAAACAGCGUCCCAGCGAGGCUCAGAUGUUCUCCCUGCCUCUGAUUCCCAGGACAGGAGGCUCCUCAGCAUUUCCGUCCCAGUCUCCAGGACUGCUGGAUGUGCGGGUUCAAUACAAGCACAGGCCUCUGAGAUCUGGGGGACACACUGGAAGAGGAGCUGCCUCUCAAAGUGUGACGCUGGUGGUUAAAGUCUACAGAGCAUGCGGUCUGAAAGCUGCAGCCAGGCUGAUAUCAGAACACGAUGAAAGCUUCUCUCACUAUAUCAACGCUGGGAUGAACCCUUUUGUCUCCGUCCAGCUUUCCUUCCUGCCUGAGAGUGAAAAGCAGGGUUCUCGCUCUGCAUCCAGGACCUUCUGUCCUGAGUUUGACCUCCACGUGGAGGCGCCUUGUGAUCUGCUGCUUCAUAUGAGCAGUGGAGAAACCUGCAGCCUGGCGGAACAGCUGGAAGAGGCGACCGCUGUCUUCACUGUCUGGAACAGGGACAACCAUAAAGUGGAUGCUCCUGCUUGCAAAGACGUGAUGUUGGGAACAGCGAAGAUACCGCUGGUGGAUCUAAUCCAUAAAAGAACCGGCAUUUGUGGCUGGUUUGGAUUGUAUCGAACACUUGAAAGGAGUCCUUCUCAGCACCAGAACAUCUUGGUUGGAGGUCUGCAGCUCUCUAUCAGUUUUGCUCACCACUCAGAUAGAGAACGGGUUGUAAAAGCUGCUCAGGGUUUGGGCUGGGAAAUGCCCCACCAUGUUGUGCCGGACGACGAAGAAUCCUGGGAAGAAACAAGACCACUUUCUCUGUCUUUUUUAUUUCCUAAAGCAUGGAUUCCUGUCCAGUGUUUGCUUCUUCCUGGCCUGGACGAGCUGCAGCGCUCCACUUAUUGCUACUUUAGAUACAAGUUCUACGACCAGGAAGCCUUCUGUUCUGAGCUGAAAUACCCGCGUGUCGAGGAGGACGAAGGGGUCCAGGCCACAGUACUGUUUGAAGGAAGCAGAACUGUAGAGCUACAGUUCACUCAGCCUUUACUGUGGUAUCUGCGAGAGGAGAAGCUGGAGGUCCAGAUGUGGGUCACGUUCACAAAAGACAAAAACAGAAGGCCCAGUGACCUGGACCGCCUGGUGGGCUCAGCGUUUGUGGAUCUUUCUUCUCUUGCAAAAAGUCUAAAGGAGAAACAGACGCUUAGUGGAGUGUACCCGCUCUUCAUGCGCUCUGCAGCAGAUUUACAAGGGGCAGCUCUGAGGGUGCAUAUCACACUGGAAGCAGGUUUUCCUCCCGCUGAGGACACCCACAUUGACUCAGAGAGCCAGGAGGAGCUCCUCUUAGAGGAGGAGGCGGAGGUUCCAGACCAAGAGCCCUCCCCAAGGUCUCCCAGAAAGUCACUCGCAGAAAGAGGGCAGAGGAAUAAGUCCUCCACAACAACUCCAGACAUCACGUCUGCACGGCACACAGAAACAAGCAUGGAGGACUCCUUUCCUGUGACUGUAUCUGUGGACCGAGCCAUGCACCUCAACCUGAAGGGUUGUCCACUGGCAGAGAGAUGUGAAGGGACUCCUUGCUGCUGCGUUUCAUACAUCACUGCGGACUCAGCAGAGCCGGUGUCAACAGCUGUUGUAGCCAACGCAGAGAGUCCUGUGUGGGAUCACCAGCAUGAGUGCAGGCUUUCCAAUGAUCUACUGGUUGACCCUCAGCAGUCUCUUGUGUUCAAAGUGUGGCACAAAGGAGAAAUGGAGAGGGUGAUUGGCUUUGUCUCUGUGGACCUGUCCCCUCUGCUCUGUGGCUUCCCAUCGGUGUGUGGCUGGUAUAACAUCACAGACUUCAGCGGUCAGUGUCACGGUCAGCUCAAAGUGUCCAUCACUCCUCUGAGGGGAGUUCAGGAUCUGCGUGGGCAGAGGAGAGCUUUGGAGGAAGAAGCUGCCAAAAACUCACCAACUUUGUUCCAGACUGUUCCUCUGAGCUACCAGACCACAGCUGUGUACAGCAGCUUUCCGUCACAUAUCAGCCGAUACCCAGAGCAGAAGAUUUCUUCCCCCAAACACAUUGACCGUCUGUUCUCUGAUAGAGUCAGUGAGAGUGAUCGCCAUCAUGAGCACAUGGACAAGGUGCGCCUGUAUCAUCAGAGUCUGCAGGAACAAACGGCCUCUCAGUCUGUUUGCAGCAGCCUGGCCAGUGACCCAAAUCCCUCCAGCUCACUCCUAUUCUCCACUCUGAGGAAAAAGCUGAGUGAGCUGGACAACAUCCAGAGAUACUUCAGCCGUAAGCUCUCCACUCCGACGUUCCCACCUAUGGCCGAAGAGGAAGGUGUGGCCCAACCGGAGGAGCCAAUAGACAUGGAAGGUGGCUCAAGUCAGCUUCUUCUCAAGUCCAACCAGUUGCUUGGAGAAGUCAGCAGCAUCAUCAGUGGUCUUGGUGGACGCCACUUGGAAGCCGUGGAUUCCAACGCACAAAGCCACUCAGACAGUUUGGCUGUGGAAGGUUUAGGCCCUUCAGUGCUCUCUGAAAGCAUCAGCAAUCCACAGAGGAUCAUUGAGGAUCCACUGGACAUGAUGUCUCCUACACAGUCACUGCCUGCAGAAAUGUCUGAAGACAACACCGACUCAGAUCCUGAGGAAGACGGACGAAACACUGAGCUUAGCAAGUCCGAGGAGGAGCAUGAAGAGGAGGCGGGGUUCGAGCACAUUGAGGAAGUUGAUGAUGGCGAGGAUGAAGAGAAAGAUGAAGAUUUUCAGGAGUUCGUGGUGAAGCAAAGACCGCUCAAUGAAGUGACCUCAGUAACAGACAAAACCAGUCCUUGGACCAGCAUCCUGUCAGACCUAGACCUGGUUUCUGUACAGAGCUGUGAGACACCGCAGAGGUCGGAUCUCAGUGAGGAUGAAGACAAACAAAGUGAAGCAGCAGCUCCGGUCUCCGGUGGGAAGCAGGAGGGCGACCGCUCUGCAGACCCCUCAGAGGGGGAGCAUGAGAAGUCACCAGCAGUUGUAAAUGAGGCCCAAACAGAGGAACCAAAGAUAGACUCUUCACCCCACACAUCUGCUCAGAAACCUUCUGACGCUCCACAGCGGGAUGAUUCACCACUUCAACCAAGCUUCAUCCCAUUGGAGGUCCCAAAUUUUUUCCUCCCCUCUCACCAGCUGGAGGCAUCGCUCAGAACCAUCCAGUUAGCUCCCACCUUUUCUCAGCCGUCCAUCUGCCAAGAGCGGAGCGCAGCAGCUCGCCGCAGAGGUCCACGCCAGCGCCCCGACAUGUCACCUUCAUCCAUGAAGAAGGAGACGGAGAGGAUAGCUAAAAUAUUUGCAGCUCACUUUGAGACUUAAGUAGCUCUGUUCCCAGUUUCUGUUUAACUAGUGGGAGUCCAGGACAUAAUCAUGUACAGUUAAUGUAAUUUAUGUAAAUAAAUAGACAGUUUUCUUUACUGGGAAUAAAAUAUCAAUUCUGUUUACAAUAAAAUGCCAUUACUGACAAAGGUGAAGAGUGUAACUUAGGUUGGAAAAUGAUAAAUACAGAUAGAGCGUUAAGGGCCAUCUCCUUAAAUUGUUGACUAUUAAUCUUUAUGUAAAGUGUGACUAAAAUAAAGUUGGAUCUGCUUGAAA